UCCGUUGAUGGCUACCUCCUCCUAAAGCCUUCCUUUCUCUAAGCUCUCUGUGUGCGUCUGUGGAACGAACACAGCAACCAACAAUGUUGCCCACUUCACUUUCAUCUCUCCACGCCACCACUUCCUCUUCCGCACCAUCUCUUUUCCCUCUUUCCACUUCCUGUCCCUACCCUUCUUCUUCUUCUUCUUGUUCUUCUUCUUUCUCUCUUUCUUUCCAACCAUCUUCUCACCAGCCUCGCCGUCUCCUCUCCUUUGCUCCCAACUUCAACACCCAUAUCAGGCGAAACUCAAAACCCAAGGUUUUGAAGGUCCAUUGUUCCACAAGUGAACCAUUGAAGGUCAUGAUAUCAGGAGCACCGGCAUCCGGGAAAGGCACUCAGUGCGAGCUAAUGGUGAACAAGUUUGGAUUGGUGCAUAUAUCAACGGGUGAUCUACUGAGGGCUGAAGUAUCUGCUGGGACAGAUAUUGGAGAAAAAGCUAAAGAGUUCAUGAAUGCUGGUCGUCUGGUUCCCGAUGAAAUUGUGGCAGCUAUGGUGACAGCACGAUUAUCUCGUGAAGAUGUAAAGCAAAAAGGGUGGCUAUUAGACGGGUAUCCACGAAGUUUGGCCCAAGCAGAAAGUUUGGAAAAAUUGAAGAUUAGACCAGAUGUUUAUGUUGUGUUGGAUGUUCCUGAUGAAAUUCUGAUCGACAGAUGUGUUGGAAGAAGACUAGACCCAGUGACAGGGAAGAUUUACCACAUAAAAAAUUUCCCUCCAGAGACUGAGGAGAUCAAAGCGAGACUUAUAACCCGUCCGGAUGACACUGAGGAAAAAGUAAAGUCGCGUCUUGAAAUAUACAAGCAAAAUGUUGAAGCAAUUUUAUCCACUUAUUCGAACAUUAUGAAGACGAUUGAUGGAAGCCGCCCAAAAGAAGUAGUUUUUGAAGAAAUAUAUUCUUUGCUGUCUGAAGUGCAGAAAGAUAAAGUGAAAUUGAUUAAAUCUGGAAACGUAAAACCAGAAGGUGAGAGCAGUUCUAAUCAGGCACCAGUUUACCAGGAUAAAUGGAGAGGAAUUCCUACUAGAUUAAACAAUAUCCCUCAUUCCAGAGAAAUCCGGAAUUAUUUUUAUGAUGAUGUUCUGCAAGGCACACAGAGAGCUGUAAAUGAUGGAAGAAUGCGAUUAAAGGUGGAGAUUGCUAUUCCAGAGCUGAACCCAGAAAUGGAUGUUUAUCGGAUAGGCACCUUGAUGGAACUGGUUCGAGUUCUUGCUCUUUCAUUUGCUGAUGAUGGAAAACGUGUCAAGGUUUGUGUUCAAGGGUCUAUGGGGCAAGGCGCGCUUGCUGGAAUGCCACUGCAACUUUCAGGUACUCGAAAGAUCUUGGAGUUUAUGGAUUGGGGGGAUUAUGGAGCUCUGGGAACGUUUAUCAAGAUUGGAUCUAUAGGUGCAAGAGAAGUUGAGGAACAGGAUGACAUCUUCAUAUUAGUGGCACCUCAAAAUGCAGUAGGGAAUUGCAUUAUAGAUGAUCUAAAGGCCAUGACAGAUUCUGCUGGGAAUCGACCAGUUAUUCUUGUUAAUCCUAGGCUGAAGGAUUUACCUGGUUCAAGUGGCAUAAUGCAAACAAUGGGCCGAGAAAAGAGACUGGAGUAUGCUGCUUCUUUUGAAAAUUGCUAUUCCUUCCGGCUUCUCUACUAUGCAGGAACUCAGUAUCCUAUCAUGGGAGCUCUUAGGAUGUCUUACCCAUACCGUUAUGAAAUAUAUAAGAGGGUGGAUCAACCUUCAGGUGGAGAAAAGUAUGAAAUCUUGUCAACAUUCAGUGAAAAGCCAAGCAGUGAUGAUAUAAAUGAUGCCUUCUUGGGGAAACCAAGAAAUCAAGCUAAGAAAGCCUCAGGAUUUUGGGGCUUCUUGAGUGGUGUAUUUUAAGCAGAAAUGAAAAUGGUACGCAAAAUAUUAUCCAUGAUGGUCAAUUUUAAAUUUUAGCAAGAAAAAUAAGAACCUGAGAUUCCCCCAAAUGCUGAGUUUCAGGAAUCUGUUGAGUACUACCACAGAAGCCUAAGAUACAAUUUGGUGAGCUAGUGUCAGUGGUUUUUUUUUUCCUUCAAUAGAGCAGCUGCCAAGAAAUACUAUUUUUUAUUAUUUAUUUAUUUUUCUUAUCUGUAUAUAUUAGUUUCCUCAACAUUUCCGUUAAGCCAAACCACAGUGUCUUGAGAAAUGAUGCCCAUUGUGUGAUAUUUACAAUUUUCUUACUCCUAUGCUGGAAACUUGUUCUACUAGAUCAUAAUGAAAAUGUAACCAAGCUGGAAUAUUAGAACUGAUUUCUGGCGAAAAACUUAUUUAGAUCUGGUGUAUUAAAGACUUAAGAAGUAAACAUGUGAAUUACAUUUUA